AUGGCGGACCUAAGCCUUCUGGCCAUUUAUAGAUCUGCCGUGUUGUUGUUAGGCAUCUUGUACAUGUCCCAACCUGGACAUACCCAGAAACACGGAAUCGACACAAGCAUAUGUGAUACCAAAUUAAUCACCGACUCGCCGACACCUAAGCGGCCUCAGCUUCCGUCCAAAUACACAGUGUCAAUCGAAGCGAAUAUUGAGAACCACAAUUACACUACUGAUUAUGUCGAGUAUUAUGAUGGGACACGAAAUAUGGGCGCCACGCACCAAUGGUUUCUCGGAUUUCAUGUCUAUAGCAUCUACUCACCCGGAACUGACGAACUCUUCACGGUAGAGACGCAAACAAAAACCUGUACAACUGACAAUCUGGCAACUGCCGGACCAAAGUACAUUUUCGGUUACCAGCCCAGUACGGCCAACCCAAAAGUCGGAAAACUCUUCACAGCCGCUGGAGCUCUCAGGUUUGGUAACGGAACAAAAGAGCAAUAUAUGGGAACAAGAAGCAUCCGUGGCAUCACGGCAGAUUACUGGAAGUCUUGUAUGUACUGGCCUAGCAUGGACGCUACAAUGGAGGUACACUGGUACUUCACAAACACUGCAGCUUGGGAUCCCGCCACAGGAAGGAACUUACCUUCGCCCCUCCGUUGUCAGGUUCAUGGGAAAGUGUGGUCCGGCAAUCCUCAUACAUUUAACCACACGUAUGAGUUCAAUCGCUUCAGUACGACCUGGGCAAACCACCAUCCAUUUGAGACGCCACGAGGUAUUGCAUGUCCACACAGGAAAGAUACGAAACCAUUGCCGACUCCGAGUAACUACUUCGUCUUCACAGCAGAAACUCUAAACCUUGACUUCAGCACGAUUGGAUUUAUUAAGGAAUGGUAUGCCAAAGACAUGAACCUUGUACGGUAUGACUACAAACCCGACCCUGCGAAUAUUAGCCCGUACGGAUACAACAUGUUGUCCGAAAUUCAUGACUUCUCUGAAGGUAUUGCUUACAUACGGGAUGCUACAACUGGAAACUGUUCCUUAACAACAAUAUCAGCGCGUGGUAUUGACGCCAAAUCUGUUGACCCUACUCACGUGAGAAUUAGAACAUCCCAGGAAUUCUUCAAUCUUGACAAAGCGUCAUAUCAAUAUGAAGGGACGAGACAUGUGAGGGGCAUGGACGCGGACGUUUGGGUAGCGACCCGAACAGACUGGCCUCCCGGUUCUGUUGGUCAAAAUUCCACCUGGGAGUGGUACUUUGCCAGGCAAGGAUGGCGGGAAAGCACAGGCCACACCUAUGUGUUCGGAAUGCCUCUGAUGCUUAGUGUCACAUCGAAUAAUUACGGUUCGAUUGUCUAUAACACCUAUAAUUUUGAUGAAGAGAAACCAGAACCUUGGGACUUUGACAUCAGUAGGUGUUACAACUAUACAAACAGACAAGAUUUCGCCUUUAAGAUACCAGGAAGUUACCAAACUAUGGUUGCAUCAAAUCUACAAGGUUUCAAAUACAACGUUUUGAUUGCCGUCCACAAGGCAGCAACAGUUUCCACGUUACGUAUUACCAACAUCAAGAUUGACUACGACGACUCCAACAUUCUCGUGUUCUUGACUUUACUUGGGACGCCAAGAAUACAAGGGGAUGUAAACAACCCUGUCACACAAGUCAGUUUGUCCACGGCGGCCACACUUCUGACCAACGCUAUCAACAGUAAUCAACUCAGGAUUUCCGCGGGAACAGGACAAACGAUGACAACCUUGACAGCACAGCCGUAUUCUUUGACCCAGUCCAGCCAUACUGUAGAAAAAGGUUACUACGUUCCUCCGAAAACAGCAACCACCUACUCAGCAGGUGCCGUGGCAGGAUUAGGAGUCGCCAUGGCUGUAGUGUUCUUCAUUUUCGGUUUUGCCUGCAUGUACAUCUAUUACCGAAGAAAUGGCGGCGCAUUUACCAAGAACGAUGGAAAGGGAUUCGAACCUAAACAGUUCGACAAUGAUUACGAAAAUUCGGCCGUAAAAAGUGGCGACGAAUAG